AUGGUGCGCGUGCGCGUGCGCGUGCGCAGCGUGGGUGGCUCUCAAACGGCUCAGCCCAGGGUUUCGCCGUCGUGGAGCGCGCUGGGAAAGGCGGGACCUGCGGUGCCCGCAUCUCAUUGGCCAGGACUGGGCGGGGGGGCGGGAAGAACAGGAGGGACCAAUCGGGGUGGGCCACCGGGGGGGCUGCUCCCACGCAGGCGCAAGUCCUCUGGCCCGCCCGGGAAGAGCCGCGGCCCCGCCCGGCGGCGGGUGCGGGCCGAGGCUGGUGCGUGCGGGCUCGCCUGCCGCGCAGCCGGCCUGCUGCUGUGGGGGAAGCGCGUUCCGUGUGGGGGAAGCCGGCGGCUGCCCCAGGCUUACAGCAGAGGCCAUUCCGAGUCUGGCUGUGAGGGGCCGGCGGUUCCCAAGCGGCAGAAAGGCCCCCCGGGUGGGGGCGCGCCUGGGGGGCCGGCGCCCACCUGUGCAGGCGCGCGGACUGACUGCCCCGCGUUUACCGCAGGGAACGGACGUGGCCCCAGCCGUGAGCCCAGCCGUGAGCCCAGCCGCUCGGCGCGGUCUCCUGCGGGCCUGCAGCCUGGCCUUCGCGCCACUGCUCGCAGAGGCACCUCCUAUUGGGGGAAAGGAGGAGAGAAAAUGUUCACCACCAAAAUGUGAAUCAUCAUGACAAAUCCAGCAGUCUGAAAGACAAAGUUUCCACCCACUUCCUCUUAGAAAGGCCCGGGAGAUAUAGAUAAUGACAUCAUCUUUCCAGGCCUGUAUCAGAGUAAAGCAAAGGAAGAGAAGAAAGGGAUUCGUGUUAAAGUAUAAAGUCCUGAUCCAAGAUCUUGGGCAGAAGCCAUUUACCUCAACGUCUGUUCCUAGUCAGUUUGAUUUGGAGGUCUCCAGUGCUUGUCCAGGACCACUUGUCCUGCAGACUCUUUUUCCAGCUGUGAGGUGCAUAUCCCUGAAGUUUGAGUAGUGUCAUCUGGGUCAUGAGGAAGCCCUGGUAUGUCCUUUCCAAGGAGAUUCAAGGCAUGUUGUUGUUCUUACUUCCAAAUGAGAAGGGUGAGAGGAAAUUGGAAACAUUAGUUUGGAGAGUUGUAACCAGAUUUUUUAGAAAACUAGAAUUCAGGAUCCAGUCCAAUUUACAGGUAUAUAACACAACCUCAAAGACAAUUAUCAGGAUUAUAAUCUAAUAUAAAUAAAGAUGUGGGGAUAAUUUCUUUUAUUUAAAAUGACCCUCAUUUUUAAUAAUAAAACUAAUUUUUCUGU